CCCUGCAUGCAGAACAUUCAUUGGGUGAUACGAUGUACGAUUGUACAUUUGUACUGACGUAUACUGUAUAGUAUUUAUGUAUACGCCGUAAAACGUGGCGCGACCAUAUUUGUUUUACUACAAUCGCCAUUUUUUAUGUUGGAGCACUUUCCGGCGCUUAAUUUUUUGAUUUUCGCGUAACAUGGCGUUAUUAAUAAUCGUGGCUUAAGUUAGGCCAAAUACAUAUGGAGCAAACAGUAUGUGGCGCUACAUGGAUGGCGCCGUGGGCGCAAGUCGACGAUAUCCCCUGCAAUUUAUUCUUCGCGUGACAAUAUUUGUCAGCCUUGUGGUUUUCUUCAUUAAUUCCCUGCUGAACAAACUGGACCAUGCUUGCACAGCCGCUGAGGUUGGUCUUCAGAAUGACGCGUCACGACUACCGUCAUCAGUUUUCGCCGGGAACGACACCAUGACCGCACCGACUGUGUUCUUCGUGCAUUACGUAAAAUUCACUCCGCGACGGAUUCCAUUACGGUUUCUGGAUUACGUCAGCAUCCGCUCGGCGUUGAACAACGUCAAACCGGAUAAGGUCCUCGUCCACGGCGACACCGAACCCACCGGACCCUACUGGGAGCUGCUUCGCAAAACUGGGAUGGUCGCACACCGAUUUCGGCAACCGACAAAAACAGCCGGGAAAACAAAAGUUAAAUUCCGCGAACACUGGGCGGAUAUGGCUAAACUGGACGUGGUACUGGAAUACGGGGGCGUGGCCGCAGAUUUUGACGUGUAUUUCAUCCGCGGGGAGCGGAUCAAGGAGAUCCUGCAGACGAAGCAGUCCAUCACGUGCUACGGCGAUGAAGACGGCUAUAACAUCGGCUUCGUCGCCGGGCGCAAGGCGGCGCCGUUACUGACCGCCUGGCGACGCAGCUACGAGGAUAUCUACCUGCACGACUGGAAUUUCAAUCAAGCGCGCGUGGCACGGUAUUUAAGUAUACUGUAUCGCGAGACGAACUACGUCGCCGGAUUCGUGUGUAAUAAUCCGCAUCCGAAUAAUCUGUACCCGUUUUAUAAGCAGUUGGGCGUGGUUAAGUGGGAAAGUUCCCUGGCGGUGCAUACGUACUACCGGCAAGUUGGGAGCUAUGCCGAGAAACCGGAUGAUUUGUAUAAGCACAGCGAUCGGAAUACGUCGCAUGUGGAGAUGCUGAUAUCGUUGCUGGAAGGCCGGUUGCCGGCGAUGGAGGACGGUUUUCGGGAUGAGAUCGAUCCUUUGACUGGACGGUUGAUCGGGGAUGCUGCUCCAGUAACCGAAUUAAGAAAAACAACGGCGAAUAUCCGUAUAACUGAUAUUGAUAUAUGA